ACAACCCAUCAUCAUCAUCAUCAUCAGCAUCAAAUUACCGGAUUCGUGUCUGCCGUUUGGGUCCAACCCCAUAAACCCUACCCACGCCCUUUACGGUGUGCAUCUGCCCAGAAAGACCGCCCUACGCUUGUCUCAGGCGUCUCCCCUGUAGAGUCCGGCAGCUUUUGGUUUCUCCCAGACGGGACGAUGUUGGGGUCCUUGCCCUUAUUGCCUCUCCCACCCGCUACUGAAGAUGGGAAUCUUGGCCCAUUGCCUCCAUCUCAGCUUACAGAAGAAGAUAGCGAUGGCAUUAAGGAACUGAAGGAGGAGGAGGAGAAGAAGAAAAACAAUUCAGCUCCAGUUUCAGUUGCGACCCAUACAAGAACUAUUGGAAUCAUUUAUCCACCUCCUGAUAUCAGAAGCAUUGUUGACAAGACAUCUCAGUUUGUUGUUAAGAAUGGCCCUGAUUUUGAGCGAAGGAUUAUUCAUAGCAAUGCAGGAAAUGCAAAGUUCAAUUUUUUGAACCCCUCUGAUCCUUAUCAUGCUUACUAUCAGCACCGUUUAUCUGAAGGUCGCGCGCAGAGCCUGGCUUCUGCUCAACCGCCGUCCGAAUCAGAUGCUCCAGAGUCAGCCCCUUCUGCACCUGCAACUGAUGAUGUUGAUGCUGCAGCAAAGCCGGAUCCUUCUGCACCGUUCCGGCCUGUUCGCAAGGUUCUUGAACCACCUGAACCAGAGCAGUAUACUGUUCGGCUACCUGAAGGCAUCACAGGGGAGGAAUUGGAUAUCAUUAAGCUUACUGCCCAGUUUGUAGCAAGGAAUGGGAAGUCUUUCCUUACAGGGCUGACCAGUAGAGAGAUCAAUAACCCCCAGUUUCAUUUUUUAAAGCCCACCCAUAGCAUGUUUAUGUUUUUCACUUCACUGGCUGAUGCAUACUCAAAGGUCCUAAUGCCACCUAAAGCAUUGACUGAUAAACUGAGGAAGAGUGCUGCCGACAUGACAACUGUUCUUGAAAGGUGCCUAAAUCGGUUGGAAUGGGAAAGGUCAGAGGAGCAAUCAAGACAGAAAGCAGAAGACGAGAUUGAACAAGAAAGACUGCAAAUGGCUAUGAUUGAUUGGCAUGAUUUUGUUGUGGUUGAGACUAUAGACUUUGCAGAUGAUGAGGAUCAGGAUUUGCCCCCUCCUAUGACCCUUGAGGAGGUUAUAAGGAGAAGCAAGAUAUCAUCUAUGGAUGAGGAAGAAGAAUUUGUUGAGCCAGGGAAAGAGGUUGAAAUGGAGAUGGAUGAAGAGGAGGUUCAGCUUGUUGAAGAAGGCAUGAGAGCCACUACCCUUGAGGAGAACCCUGUCCAAAAUUCUGAAGUGAAAGCAAUUACAGAGGAUCAGGAGCCACCUAUGAGAAUUGUGAAGAACUGGAAAAGGCCGGAAGAAAGGAUGCUCUCAGAAAGAGACCCAACGAAGUAUGUCAUCUCUCCUAUAACUGGGGAGAUGAUUCCAAUCAGUGAGAUGUCUGAACAUAUGAGGAUCUCUCUUAUUGAUCCUAAAUACAAGGAGCAGAAGGAGAGAAUGUUUGCCAAGAUUAGGGAUACAACCCUUGCUCAGGAUGAUGAAAUUUCUAGAAAUAUUGUUGGGCUUGCUAGGACACGUCCUGAUAUUUUUGGUACCACCGAAGAAGAAGUAUCAAAUGCAGUCAAGGCUGAGAUUGAGAAGAAAAAAGAAGAACCAAAGCAGGUCAUCUGGGAUGGUCACACAGGCAGCAUUGGUCGCACAGCCAGCCAGGCAUUGUCCCAAAACAGUGCCGAAGACCAGUAUGAUUUUGUAAAUGAUUCUAGGAACCUUCCUGGCCCUCAAGCACCACCUCCUCCCAGGCCUGGAUUGCCAUCAGUCCCACCACUUCCUCCGCCGCCUAGCCUAGCACUAAACAUUCCUCGCCUGCCUAAUAGUUACCCUUAUCCAACCCCCGGUAACCCUGGUGUUAUUGUCCAAACAAUUCCCAGGCCUCCUGUGAUGAACACAAUCCCACAAGUGCAACCUCCACCCCCUACCAUCUCACCCAUGCCUGGGCAACAUCUUAUGGUAAACCGUCCCCCAAUGCACACGUCUAUGUCCAUCAAUGCUCCUAACAUUUCAUUACCACCACCACAUGGUUCACAAUUUACACCAAUGGGCCCUCCUCGACCCUUUGUUCCCUAUCCAAUGUCCCAGCCUGGAAUGAAUGUGAUCGCACCACCUCCAAUGCCGCCCCAUGGAAUGCCCCCACCGCCUCCAUCUGAGGAAGCUCCACCGCCGCUCCCUGAGGAACCAGAGCCUAAAAGGCAAAAGCUUGAUGAAUCUGUACUAAUUCCUGAAGACGAGUUUCUGGCUAAGCAUCCGGGACCUGCCCGAGUCAGCAUUACUGUACCAAAUGUUGAUGAAGGAAAUCUCAAAGGGCAGAUAUUGCAAAUUUCAGUGCAAUCCUUGUCAGAAACUGUUGGUAGUUUGAAGGAGAAGAUUUCUGGCGAGAUUCAGCUUCCUGCAAAUAAGCAGAAGCUGAGUGGAAAGGCUGGGUUUCUCAAGGACAAUUUGUCACUUGCAUAUUACAAUGUUUCCCCUGGAGAAGCACUUAAUCUCUCACUCAGGGAACGAGGUGGCAGAAAGAGAUGAAUAUCAAUCAAUAGUUUUCGAGGCAAUCAAGAGGUUCAUAUUGGAAAUACUGCCAUUUCAUAAAACCUUUGAAUAUCUAAGGCAUUUCCUUUGUGUUGUUAUGUUAAUCUUGAUAUUUUAUUUACCGUGUACACCUAAUAGUACUUUUUGAGUGUUGUAAGUCCUUGAGCCAAUGGUAUGAUAAACUACUGCAAAAUUGGUAUCUUGACGACGUAUCACCGAGGCCUGGGCUAACGCGGGAAGUUUGAUAGUUACUCCGUAUAUCCAUAAGCUGCAAAUUUUUUAAUUUGUAUUACUAUGCUACUAAUAGUGUCUACUCUUGACAUGCAGCUGCUCCCUUUCAGGCCAGCCGAGGUUUCUUUAAUCUCUGCAUUGAAAACCAUCUCAUUCAGUUCAACUCUAAUGUGGUCCCCCGAACCAGUACACCAAGUACAAGAUACUUUGAUACCCAUGUCCUUGGAGCGUUCUCAUGUGUCGAAAGAGAAGACAAAGCUCGUGGCACACGUGUAGACAUCCUCUCGACUACCAUUUGGAUUGAUGUCCUCUUAAGUACAGUACUACUCAUUUAGUCUAAUCAAUUGGGGAUGUGAUCACGUACAUGGGAGACCAAUCAAAUUCGAAUUUAAAUGAACAAUUAGUACUACCAAGGUAUUGUUAGGAAAAUUAUGUGCGUCGAUUGUCAUGUAACCAAUCGGUUUCACAUAUAGGUCACAUGUUGCAAAAAAAUUCCCACGAUGCAUUUAUUUUGCCUUAUGCUUGCACUUAAAUUGU